UUCAUUUGUUUCUUUAUAAUCUGUGGCCAUUGUUUGGAAGCGCAGUGCCUUUCGGUUCGGUUGUUACGGUGUUUUCUCAAUAAUUAGUGAAUUUCCUUCGUUAGAAAACUUGAAAAAUGGCUUCUGUAGCUGCAGCACAAGUGCAGGAGGUGCGAUCUAUUACGCGUAUUGAGCGCAUAGGGGCGCAUUCCCAUAUACGCGGUCUAGGUCUCGAUGACUCUCUGGAGCCCCGCGCCGUGUCUCAGGGCAUGGUGGGCCAGAAGAUGGCCCGGAAGGCCGCCGGUGUCGUCCUGCAGAUGAUUCGAGAAGGCAAGAUAGCAGGGCGCGCUGUGCUCCUAGCCGGGCAGCCAGGCACCGGCAAGACUGCCAUCGCCAUGGGACUGGCACAGGCACUUGGGCCCGACACUCCCUUCACGAGCAUGGCUGGUUCUGAAAUUUACUCCUUGGAGAUGAGCAAGACUGAAGCCCUGACCCAGGCCAUCAGGAAGUCCAUCGGCAUCAGGAUCAAGGAGGAGUCGGAGAUAAUAGAGGGCGAGGUGGUGGAGGUGGUGGUGGAGCGGGCGGCGGGGGGGGGGGGCGCGGGGGUGGGCCGGCUCACGCUCAAGACGACCGACAUGGAGACACACUACGACAUGGGUGCCAAGAUGAUCGACUCGCUGCUCAAGGAGAAGGUGCAAGCUGGUGACGUCAUCACCAUAGACAAGGCGACCGGCAAGAUCAACAAACUGGGACGCAGCUUUGCGCGUGCGCGGGACUACGAUGCCACAGGGCAGCAGGCGCGGUUCGUGCAGUGCCCGGAGGGCGAGCUCCAGAAGCGCAAGGAGGUGGUGCACACGGUGACGCUGCACGAGGUGGACGUCAUCAACUCGCGGACACACGGCUUCCUAGCGCUCUUCUCAGGCGACACGGGCGAGAUAAAGUCGGAGAUCCGCGAGCAGAUCAACGGCAAGGUGGCGGAGUGGCGUGAGGAGGGGAAGGCGGAGAUGAUCCCCGGGGUGCUGUUCAUCGACGAGGCACACAUGCUGGACAUCGAGUGCUUCUCGUUCCUGAACCGCGCGCUGGAGGCGGACACGGCGCCCGUGGUGAUGAUGGCCACCAACCGCGGCAUCACGCGCAUCCGCGGCACGCACUACCGCAGCCCGCACGGCAUCCCGCUGGACCUGCUGGACCGCAUGAUCAUCGUGCCCACGGCGCCCUACGACACGCCCGAGCUGCAGGAGAUCCUCAACAUCAGAUGCGAGGAGGAAGACUGCCAGAUGUCCCCCGAGGCGCUGACGGUGCUGACCCGCGUGGCCACGGAGACCUCGCUGCGGUACGCCAUCCAGCUGAUCACCACCGCCUCGCUGGUGGCCCGCAGGAGGAAGGCGGCCGAGGUGAGCAUGGAGGACGUGAAGAAGGUGUACUCGCUGUUCCUGGACGAGCACCGCUCGGAGCAGUUCCUCAAGGAGUACCAGGACGAGUUCAUGUUUGACGAUGGCUCCGGAGACGCACCGCAGAUGAUGGAAGUGGCUCAGUGAGGCUCUGUUCUAUGGAGAGCACUUUGUGAAAAUAUAAUGAGUAUAAUAUUAUACUUUGUUAAAUAUAGCCAUGGUAUAAGAAAACCUGGGGCCUGUUUAAUAAAACUUACAAUUGUAAAUUACAACGAAAAUUUGAUGUUCAUUACGUAGCUAAUAUGAAACUGCAAAAUAUUCGUGAUGACACACUCCGCAAUGUACAUCAAAUUGCAUUGUAAUUUACAAUUGUAAGUUUUAUGAAACAGGCCCCAGGUAUGCUCAAAAGUGACAGCUAACAUUUCGAGGUUAGCCCAGCUGACGUCAUCCCACCCUGUGUUGCCAUUUUACAAAAAUAAAUUACCCACGACCAAUGUUUUUAUAUUUAAGUACAUUGCAAAUAAAUUUUGUACUUUUAGUAAAAGAUUUACUUAGUUUUAAUAAUUUAUAUAUAUGUGAAUAGUGAUAUUGGUGCUAAUUCCUGUAAAUACCAUCUAAUUUUAUUUUAAGUUAUAUCUGUCAUUUUCUUAUCCGCCGAAAAGGAAAGGGACGGGUCAUGGAACACACGUCAAUUUUAAGCACAAAUCUAAACCAACCGUCUUAAAAUUUUACAUCAGUCAAUAACCCGACACAUUCAUUUACUCAUUCUUCCUAAAAUUAAGAGCUGUGAAUCAUUCGUCCCUUUCCUUUUCGACGGAUAUGAAAAUGACGGAUAUAACUUAAAAUAAAAUUAGGCGGCGUUUCCAGGAAUCGGGGCCAGUAAUUAAAUACAUUAGUCAGUAAUUCACUUAAUUUUCAAUAAUAAAAUUGACGUCCUUGGAAUGUUGGAGAUACCAAUUUAAUGGUAACACUUACGUCAUCAAUGGGCUAGCAAUGGCGGCUUGUCAUGGGAUUGAGCAUAGCUGGUUUUCUUGUACCAUGGAUAUAGCUAGAUUAAUUUGACAGCCGACAGGACGAUGCAGUAAACUACGCGACAACCUAGUCAAAAACGAAACUUUUUUAGAGACUUACCGUUCUAUUCCUUAUUCUAUGACACUAGGCUGUCUUUAUUUCUGUCCUGCUGUGAAAUUUAUCCAACUUUUUAACUAGGUGUAAUAAACAUACAUAAAUUAUAUCUCAUGCUUCGACCAAUAGUCGUAUGAAGUAACCGUAGAUACCAUUCGCCGCGUCUAUUGGUCGAAGCCCUCGAUACAAAACGCGCGCAGAAGCUGUGCCGCCUGUGCUGUAUACAGGGUGUUAGUGACAUUGUAACGAAAAAAAUUGGAACGUCUAAUUGUCGUACUAAAAACGAUGUUAGAUGUUUCUCUUGUCGGAUAUGUUUAUCGCAAUGUAAAUUACCGGGUGAGAGCCUUCAGCGCUCCCCAUUUGCCCGGCCAAGUAGUUAAUGCCACCUGCGGCAAAUCUACAAUAAGUCACGUCAAAAAAAAAGCAAUGUAAAUCGUUCAACGCGCACAGUUGCGUACAAUGUUGUUGUACAUGGAUGAUUUUGAAGAAUUUCUUAUUUUUAUUUUAUUUUCUAGGACUGAAAAUAAUUAAAAAAUAAACACUAAAAUUUUUAUGAAUUUUCCGACAGGAUAUUCCACUUGAUAUCAACAAUCUUACUCUGAAUCAUUCCCCAAAGUUUUCGUUACGAUGUCACUAACAUCCUGUAUAGCUAUACACGUAACACGAUUGUUUAAGUAUUUCAAGGAAGGACUUUCCAGGCUAUGUUUCCCCAAAAAUAGUAGAGAUGGCGUUGUACAGUCAUGAGCAAUAUAAUGUACCCACUUUAGGACUCUUUUGCACUAACAUAUUUGACAUUUAGUGAGACUUACAGUUGAAUUUGUCAAAAAAGUUAAUGUGACAUGGUACCAAAGUGUAUACAUAUUAAUGCUCAUGACCGUACAGCUUUAACGAGAUAAUUACUCUAUUUUCUCAUUAUUCGGUUACAUAUUUUUUUCCAAAAUACAAUGCAGUGGCAGAAGCAUUAUACAAAAAUAAUCGUUGCUUGAUAUUUGGAUCACAUUAUGUAUAGAAUUAUGUUGCUACCUAUAUUGCUUCUCUUUAUUUCGAUCAGAAUAAUAAUGGGUGGAAGAUUGUUUUAAGUUUACGCGGUUAUUAUCAUAAUUAAAGCACAUAAUAACGGGUUCUUACCGCGUUUAAAUGGGGAUAUCAAAAACAUAAACAAGCGGCAAAGAAAGCGGGUAGACAGAUACGUCUGCCCGUAGAAAAUUAUGGAUCUACCUACUCCACUCCAAUCUCAUCAGUCAUCCCGUGAUCAUGGCACUUGCAACAGUGUCGAAAUAUCGGGAGUCUCAUAUCCCCAUUUAGACGCGGUAAGAACCCGUUAUUAUGUGCUUUAAUUAUGGGUGGUAGAUGUAAUUGUACCUUGGUGUAAUAACAAAGGUCAUCCUUUACACCCAAAAACAAAGAUCAAAGAUGUAUAUGUCUGUUAUCCAUGAAAUUGAAGGUUAAACGAAGGAAAAUCUGUACAGCGCCAUCUAUACUGUUUUAACGAAUGUAGCCUGGAAAGUCCCUUAUUACCUGAAGUGGCAUUUUGUUUGAGAAGGAAUUUUAAGUUACUUUUUAAGUUAAUUAAGUCUUAUACCUACAAUAAAGAUUAUUAUAAUUAUAA